ACUCUCCCAACCAACUGCUAUUCUACUAACCAUUGCCAAUUUUAUUUUAUUUUAUUUAAAAAAAAAAAAAAAAUUGUUAAAUGCGCCCCGGGUCCUGUGCUCCGUAUGUGAUACAGAUCCAAGUAGUUUGUAUGGGGCUCUUCCAUUAUGGUACCAAUGGUAUGAUCGCCAGACGGGUUAAAGGUCGGCUCGGCUUCUCCGAACCAUCUUGGACUUGCCACUGCUUUGCAAAGUGAAUUCUCUAACACUCUUCUUCGCCUCUGAUCUUCGAUCUGAGCUAAUUUCGUUGGGACGAUGAAUUUUCUGCUGCGGUCUUCUCAGACUGCUGCUGCAGAGCAGCCGUCUGUUCAAGAAUCUCAAGCAGAUAUAAAUCAUGUGCCAAAACCCAUGUCCACUUUGGAGGUUCUCAUAGCACAAGAUCCAUUCCCACCGAUGUCCAGAGCUGGAGACCAUGGCGGAGAGACUGACGGAAUUGGAGGCCAGAACGGCGGAGCUGUCGGCCGGGGCCGGAGUGCAAAGAGUGAUCCUCCCAUUGUUGAGAAUCACAUGGAUGUUGCUGAAGAUGAAGGAUUUAUUACUAUUCCAUACAAGGAACUUCCUGAUAAUUGGAGUGAGGCGCCGGAUAUACUUUCUUUUCACUCGCUGAACCGUUUCUUUGUUUUUCCUGGUGAACAAGUUCAUAUUCUGGCAUGCCUGUCAGCAUGUAAACAGGAGACAGAAAUUAUAACGCCAUUUAAAGUUGCUGCAGCGAUGAGUAAAAAUGGAAUUGGAACAAGCACAAAGAAACAAAAUGGAAGUGUUGAAAAUGAAACCAAUUCAGCUUCUGAAAGUGUGGACGUGAGUGCUGAUGGUCAAGAGAUGGAUCAGAAUAGUGAAACCAAUUCAGUUUCAAAAGAUAAGAUUGAUCCACAAAAAGAUAUUUCUGAUGGGGAAUCUCUUCUUAGAAUGGAAGAUCACAAAAGACGGACUGAAACAUUGUUACGAAGAUUUAGAAAUUCCCACUUUUUUGUUCGGUUGGCAGAGUUAGAUGAGCCACUGUGGUCUAAAAGAAGUGAUUUGGAAGCAUCUCCAGAAUCUUUUGAGAUGGUUAGUGAAAAGCUCAAUGCAGAUAGUGCAGGAACCAGAAAGACUGCAAAAACCAGGACCCAUCUUAAUAUGGUUAUUGAUCGUGGAAAUUUUGAUGCUAGUGUCUCUGGGGGACUAGCAAGAAAUGCUGUUAAGUGUAGCUCCCUCUCGAAUGGAGAUAUAGUGGUGCUUUUACAGGUAAGUAUUGGUGUUGACAUUGUGAAAGAUCCCAUUUUGGAAAUUCUUCAGUUUGAGAAAUAUCAGGAUAGAAAUUUGACUUCUGAGAACCAGGACAACUUAGUUAAAACAAAUCAGGACCCUUGUGGAGAACUGUUGAAAUGGUUGCUUCCUUUGGAUAAUUCUAUUCCACCUCCACCUCGAUCAUUAUCUCCUCCUCCUCCAUUAAGUUCAAGUUCAAGUAUCCGUAGUACAUCCAUAAAGCCUAAUUUUGCUGCCUCAUCUGGAUCUCAGCUCUUUUCUUUUGGCAACUUUAGAAGUUAUUCCAUGUCCUCACUUCCUCAAAAUACUGCACAACCUCCACCUGCUACAAUCCCCACCUCUAAAUCAAGCUUCGACUUAGAUGAUUGGGAUCAAUUCUCAUCUCAGAAAAUAGUGAAGAGUCAAAGAACCGAGGAAGAAGGACUUUUGUCGUUCAGAGGUGUAUCACUGGAGCCAGAAAGGUUUUCUGUAUGUUGUGGAUUGGAAGGCAUGUAUGUACCAGGAAGAAGGUGGAGAAGGAAACUAGAAAUUGUUCAACCAGUAGAAAUCAAUUCUUUUGCUGCGGACUGCAAUACAGAUGACCUUCUUUGUGUUCAGAUAAAGAAUGUCUCUCCUGCACAUACACCAGACAUUGUGGUGUAUUUAGAUGCCAUAACAAUUAUUUUUGAGGAGGCUUCUAAAGGUGGACCACCUCUGUCAUUACCAAUUGCAUGUAUUGAAGCUGGGAACGAUUACAGCUUGCCUAAUUUAGCCCUCAGGAGAGGCGAAGAACACUCUUUUAUUCUCAAGCCAGCAACUUCGAUGUGGAAGAAUCCCAAGGGUCAUGGGGAAAGUUCUCGGCCAUCACAUUUCAAGGCUGGAAGUGCAGCUGCAAAUUCUCAUCUUGCCACCAACAUUGUUGACGGAAGGCGGAGUGCUUCAACUGCUGAUCAGUAUGCAGUUCUAGUAUCAUGUCGGUGCAACUAUACUGAAUCAAGAUUGUUUUUCAAGAAGCCAACAAGCUGGCGCCCACGUAUAUCAAGGGAUCUUAUGAUCUCUGUUGCAUCUGAAAUGUCAAGACAAACUCUUGGAUCCAACAUUGGAGUCCCUCAGUUACCUGUUCAGGUGUUAACUCUUCAGGCUUCGAAUUUGACUGCUGAAGAUCUAACAUUAACAGUUCUUGCUCCAGCCUCUUUUACUUCACCUCCUUCAGUAUUAUCCUUGAAUUCUUCACCCUCAUCACCUAUGAGCCCAUUUGUUGGUUCUUCUGAGCUUACAGGGAGAGUGGUUGGAGAGAGACGAGGUACUGCAAUGCAGAGGCACAGCCCACUGCCUCUUGUAUCAGGGAAUGGGCGACAUAAUGGGGAUCAUGAACUUCAAUCUGUUUCUUUUAAUGAGCAAGACAUUCCCACCUCUGAUGUCCUUCCAUGUACUGAUUUGGGUUGUACACAUCUAUGGUUGCAGAGUAGAGUUCCAUUGGGAUGUGUUCCUUCUCAUUCCACGGCUACCAUCAAGCUUGAGCUUCUCCCAUUGACUGAUGGAAUUAUUACACUUGAUUCUUUGCAGAUUGAUGUUAAGGAGAAAGGUCUUUCCUAUGUCCCCGAGCACUCACUGAAGAUAAAUGCAACUUCCAGCAUUGCCACUGGGAUUAUGUAGGAUGACUAUUUCAACUUCGAUUCUUUCAUCUUUGCUCUUCACGCAUGGAAAUGUAUCAAAUUGCUCCCGAUCCAGUAGUCUGUGGUGUACACGGCUAGCUGCCGUUCGGAAAUGUGUGGGGGAGGUAUACAUCAAUCUUUCUCUUGAGCAGAGUGGAAACAUCUCAUCAUUUGUUUCAUGAUAUAACAACCUUGUAAACUUAGUUGUGCAAACCAUGAUUUGAGGACAACAUUUGUUAUAUACCCCCCUGUAAUUGGGAAGAAUCAAACUUUGUACCUCUUUGUAGGUGACUCGAAUUGUGUCAAAUGUCAUGCUCCAUUUUUAAAUGAGUUAAAAGCAGAUGUGUAAUGUUGUUUGAUC